AUGGGCGCUCUCCUUGGUGCGCGUCGAGACUUAGAUGUGCAGGGUACAGUAGUCCUCCGUUGGCGCGAUUUGGACCCAGGACCCAGGACCCAGGACCCAGGACCUAGGACCCAGGACCCAGGACCCAGGACCCAGGACCCAGGACCCAGGACCCAGGACCCAGGACCCAGGACCCAGGACCCAGGACCCAGGACCCAGGACCCAGGACCCAGGACCCAGGACCCAGGACCCAGGACCCAGGACCCAGGACCCAGGACCCAGGACCCAGGACCCAGGACCCAGGACCCAGGACCCAGGACCCAGGACCCAGGACCCAGGACCCAGGACCCAGGACCCAGGACCCAGGACCCAGGACCCAUGACCCAGGACCCAGGACCCAGGACCCAGGACCCAGGACCCAGGACCCAUGACCCAGGACCCAGGACCCAGGACCCAUGA